CAAGCCGUCAAGGCUCUCUCUUUCACCUCCCCCUUUCUCCCCGCGCGGAACGGAGCGGAGCGGAGCGGAACGCCCCAGCACGGCUCCCCCUCCACCCAGAUCCAGGUCUCCCGCCGCCCCCUCCCUCGUCGCCGCCGCUGCUGAUUCUCUAUUUCUUGCCGUCGACUCGUGGCCCGUCCCCCCCAAUUCGGGAUUCCCCUCCUGCCUUUGCCUUCGAUUCCAUUGCUUGAGGACGUCUCAAACAAAUCACUCUUGGGGAGUUCAGUGUGCCUAAGCUGAUAUGACACCGGCAGAGCACCACAGGAAAUUUUGUCAACUGAAUGAAUUUUGGUGAACUUCGGAGCCAAAAGAAAAAUUCUGUCUAAGGGUAAAUUAGCAGAGCAGCGGUAAAGUGCUCAAGGCAAGAUGCUUGAGGAUUUCUUCACUCUUACCGAGAUGAAGGAUGGCAUUUCAACUGCUGCAAGAAUCGCGGAGCUUAUAUCUGAGAUCCAGAAGCUAAAGGAUGCUGCUGAGAUUAACACAGCCGACAUGAUAAGGCAAUGUUCUACGGCUGCAAACACAUUAGCAUCCACCAAAAACGAAGAGUGUCUUCAACAUUUCGUUCAGCUCAACGGUGUUGGCUUCCUAAACCAUUGGCUUCAGGAUGCUCAAAAUUGUGGCGAGAAGGUCAGCAGUUCAGCUGAGGAUCUAAUAGUUGCAAUAUUAACUGCGUUGGAGUGCCUUCCAAUCAAUAGUGAGCACUCAACUUCUUGUGGAGUUAUGUCUACCGUUAAUCACCUACUUGCCCAUGGAAAUGCUGUGAUCAACCAAAAGGCCAGAGCACUCUGUCAGAAGUGGAGCACUGUACCAAAAUAUGGUGCAAAUGCUGAACAUUUUAAUACAGAGGAGGCAUGCCAGACUGAUCAGAAGUCUCCAGAAGUUAGCCUCAAGACAGAAAUUGACAAACAGAGUGUAGCAAACGAAGUUGAAAAUACUGUUGAUGAACCAAAACCUGAGGUGACAACUUGUUCAGAUGCACCUUUGCCUGAUCCUUCUCUAACCAAUGAUAAUACAGAUGCAACAAAGCAACCACUGGGGCCGGCAUCACCAAAUUUGUCAAAUGGAAAGACGACAUUAGGAGAUUCGAAGAACUUGGUACCAUCCCCUACAUCCACAUGUCAUGUGGGUUUAGAAGAUGGACAGUCCAUUACCAAGGAAACUUCUGCUUCAAAUGAUGUAGAUUUGUCCGCUAAUGGCAUACUCCGAUCAAACUCUAUCAAUGCAAAGAGUGGUUCUGGGCAAGAUGCACCUUCGGAUGCUACUCCAGCGGCCAUGUCUGUAGAGCCUAAUAAACCUCAAAGGCUGUUUGUUAGUAGCAAAAUGGAUUUGGAGGAUAAUAUUGUUUCAACUAGCUCAUGUAUCAAGGAAUCUGAGCCAUUUGCAGCAGGUAGACCACAUCUGGAGAAGGAUACAGCAGAUACUUUAAACCAUCUUGCUGUUGUAACCCGUGAGUUGCAAGAUUUGUCUGAGGAAAGUACAGGCAAAGAAGAGGGACCUACACCAUCAUCUAGUACAGAUGAUAUGGGCAUGGGCAGUGAUUAUAUAUUGAAGAGAUGCAUGAAGAGUUUUGGGGGUUCCUCGAAGGCAACAGACACAAAAUCAACUGUAUUGAAAGGGGAGAAAUCAACACGACUAACAGAGUAUGAUGAUACAGAUGCACUAGAAGUAGCACGUCUGGUAGCUAUUGAGGUAGAACGGGAGGUCAUCGACUACAGAGGGCCCUUUUGUGGUUCUCCUGAUAUUAAUUCCAGGAAUGCUGAUAGUCCUGACUUGGAAGCACGGCGGCAGCCUGUACCUGAUGAACUGAAUGACAAUAAAUCUUCCACUACAGGUGCUGAUUCAGGAAGUUCCUCAUCUCUUAAGGAGGAUGGAUCAGGCAUUACAGAUGGCAGUGGUCCGUUGAGUAGGAAACAUACACGGCGUGUGGAACUGGGGAACUUAGACCUCAAUGAAAAUCAGUGUCCUGAGGAAGCUGACUGUAAUCCAAAGUCCAUCCUUAGUAAUUCUGUCAAUUUGUCAAUGCCUAAAGCUGUGGCUGCUUCAAGAGGCUCAUCUGUGUUUCCAGCUCGACUCCACUUUGAAGGUGAACUUGGCUGGAAAGGCUCCGCUGCAACCAGUGCCUUUCGACCAGCUUCACCUCGACGGACUCCCGAUGCAGAGAAGUCCCUAUCAGCUUCUUCACAUAAAACAAGCAACGUGUUGUUUGAUUUAAAUGUAGCUGACAGUGAUAGUGCUACGUCUGGUGAGCCACUCUCAACAGCAAUCCUGCCAGCUUCAUCUGACCUAGCUUCCAAGGGUGCUUCUACAGCAGUUGGUGUGAGCGGAGGACUGAAACUUGACCUUAAUUUCUCAUGUGGUGAUGAGGAAGAUGUAACCACUGCAAGCAAUUUACCGCCACUGUGGAACCGCCAACAGUUCAAUGGCAACUGGAGCCAGCCUUCUUCCUCCUCAUCUUCGAGGCAACCUGCAGUCAGAAACUUCGACUUGAAUGACAGCAUGUCAAUCGCUGAUGGUUCUGGACGAGGAAUGGAUGGGUCUUCUGUCAAGGCUCUUGCAAAGGAUACAUCUGACCAUUCUGCCGUCACAAUUAUGGGUAAGAGGAUAAUUGUUGGGCAGCAAGAACAUGGGCAACACUACCAGCAUAACUUUCUGGGACUGAGUGCGGAAUCAAGAGUUCCUGCGAGAUCUAUUCAGUCAUUUGCACAUACUUCUGAUUAUAAUGGUGUCAGUUAUCCAUCUCAACCUGCUAUGCCUUUCCCGCCAGCUUUCUUUGCCCCCGGAGGCGUUCCGUACAUGGUUGAUGCAAAGGGUGCACCAGUCAUACCACCACUAUCAGGCUUAAGCCUGGGCAUUUCUCAUCCAUCUUUCAACACCAGAGCAACCCCACCCUCAUCUAAUGAAUUGAGUUACUAUCAUCCUAGCAUGGAUUUCAAUUACAGACUGCCAUCUGAAGGUGCACGUAGGGAAGCAGGAAGCUACUGGCCUGUGUCCUACCAGGGUCACACCGUCUUUAUGGAUGAACGCAUGAGGAAUAUGUCACAGGGUGGCAGUUCCGGGUUGGUGACGAAGCGAAAAGAGCCAGAAUCCGGUUGGGAUAUGUACUCGCGUCGUUGAGCUUGAAGGUCUGUUGCAUCUGUAAUCGAUUUUGUCUUGUUUUCUAAAUGGUUUGUUCAAUGUUCCGUUUAUGGCGGCACCUUGGACAUUGUAUUCUAGGGUAUUUCUUUGGCUCCAGAAAAUGGGUCAGCUCUAUUAGGUCUGAAGACAUACACGGAGAACUGAAUAAGAGAUCAGCUACAGGUAGCUUUGAGAGACGUUGACAUGGCAUGGACAUUGUUAGCUGCUGGAAAACCACCUUGUGUAGAUCUGGUUCUUUGUGAAUGUAUUAGCUUGUUUUAGUUGACAUAAUAUAGCCAAAUUGCUCUCUGCGGAAAGCUGAAAUUAUGUAAAUCAUCGUAUAACUCAUAGAUGAAAUGCAUCCUCCUUUUUUCAUCCA